ACCAUGAUAAUAACAUAAGUUCUAAUGGGGAAAUCUCGCUUUCACUGUCUGUGCUUCCCGUUUUUAAGACUGACAAGCAGCUUUCGGAGGUGCCCUCUUUCAAAAAGGAGUUUGUUAAUUGCGACCGCAUGCGUAGUCUAUUUGGUUUUUGCGGUUUCCCACGUUGGAUACCCGCAGCAGCACCGGGACAGAAGGACUGAUAAAGACAAGUACCGACACACCCGCGGACUGUACAAUAUAGAGACUAAUGGUGCCCAUCCGCACUCCGAGGACUCUGAGACCGGUGCGAGCCUUGUGGUCCCCACCCGGUCCAACGUGGUGUACAUAACGCUGAAGUCCAAGCGCCUGAAGCCAGCAAAUAUUCGGGGCACAGUCAGACCAAAGCUGAGGAAGAAAGUGAGAAGGAAUAAAACAUCCAAUUCAGCUUUUACGCAGAACAAAUUUAGCACUUGGGAGCGGGGCGCGGGUCAGAUUGAGCCCAACUUUGCCCCCAAGGCUUCCUGGAGAGAAACCAGGGAUGUUGAUUAUACAUCUUUAGAUACAAUCCAGAAACCUCCUAAAGAUUUUGCGGCAGAAUCUCACAGUAGUUCUAUCCGAAUUUACAGCCAAAGGGCACCGCCAUGGUUCAGCCCACAGGACGUGAGAGCCAUGCGCUUUCUUGCGGAUGCCAGGGUUUUGCGCAUCAGAGAAGUUUCGCACGGAGACUCUCCAUCACUUCUGAUAUUUGAGGGGGAGACGGGGGUCUCACCGACCCGCCGAAACCACACAAAGCGGAGCAAUGCGUGCGCGGGGCAGUGUGGAGUCAUCAACAGUCCCGUGGACACCGCCGAGGUCUUUGCUUUCCAUUUGGACAGGGUGCUGGGGCUGAACAGGACGUUACCAGCUGUGAGCAGAAAAUUCAGAUUCUUGCACGAUGGCCAGCCCUGUCCAGUGGUGUCAUGGGAUGCGUCACUGUACCCAGAGGGCCUUGCUGCAGGCCGGGCCUCCGUGAGGUUAACAUGGGGGGACUACCAGAGCUCCCUGAAGCAAAGGUGCUGGCAUAAAAACCUCAGCCCAAAGCCCGAUUCUGGCUGCUCCACUAUUCAUCACUAUGAGUGGAGCAAACUAGCUCUGUUUGACUUCUUGCUACAGAUCCACAGCCGUCUGGAUCAGAGCUGCUGUGGGUUCAGGCCCCGGAAGGAAGAUGUGUGCGUGGUGCUCGGCCACCAUGCUGAAUGUGGGCGCCAGGACCGCGUACAACUGGCAGACAUCGUCCACAGGGGACACGACCCCAGACACUUGGUCUUCACCAACAACAAGGGAUUCUUUGAUCGCAAUGAGGACAACUUGGACUUCAGACUGCUGGAGGGAAUCAAGGAGCUUCCUGAGCAGGCGGUAUCGGUGCUGAGGAGCAGGAGGCUGAGGGAAAAACUCCUCCAGUCUCUGUUCCUGGACCAGACCUACUGGGAGAGCCAGGGCGGCCGACAGGGCAUCGACAAGCUGAUCGAUGUUAUUGAGAAGCGGGCAAAGGUCCUCCUCACCUACAUCAACGCCCACGGGAUCAAAGUCAUCCCAAUGAAUGUGUGAUGAGGUUCACACCAGUCAAGUACCUAAUUGCUGCGGCAAAGACAAAGUAAAUGAGUGGUUUGACCCCUGUGACUUCAGUAUGUCCUGUCAGAGUGUCCAAGACACUGGAGCUUUAUCCACUUACAUUUUCUAAGGGGCUCUGGGUAAAAACAUCAGCUUAUGCCUAAAAUUGUCCCAUAUGAUGUCAUUUUUGCACAUUCUUUAAUAUUAAUUUGUAUCACUAGAGUGUAAGAGCAAAUGCUGUCAAGUACAAGUGGCACUAAUCCUCAGGUGCAUAUCAUUUUACAGUGAAAUAUUUGGAAAAAUAAAACAUAAUUAAAGAGAAAACAACAUGUUGCUAAUGAGGGUCUUAUUAUAACUUGCCCACUAACCUUUCAGAAUAGCACAAGUUGUUUUUGUUGAUAACUCUGUAACAGCAAACCAGUCAAGUAAGUUUGCGGUUAAGGAGGCACCUUUAAACCCGGUAUUUGCAUGAGAUACUGAGAAUUUAUUUAAUUUAACAUGGACAUUUACAGUGAGCCUAACUUUUACUUAAGGAAAUGAGCUGGGCUCACUUCCUUCGUUUUGAGUCUUCAUUUCUUUCCUCCCCCGAGGCCAAUACGCUCUCAGCAUUAUGUAGAGAAAAUGCUGCAGUUAUAACUUUUUUUCUCCUCCUUAGGCCUUUUCAGCAGGUGGGAUUUGCACUGCGUUUGCUAGGGAUGCACACGUACGAUAAGUUAUUUUCUUCUCCACUUCUCAAGCGUGUGGCAGGAAUUAUGAGAUCAGUGAAGCCUCUUGGUGUGGUUAACAGGCCACAGCCCACAUCCACUUGACUUGACUGGCGUCAGACAUUAUCCGCUGAGAAAAAAAGAUUUCGACCUUGUCUAUCUUUUGUACAGUCUUGUUCUUUUUUAACAAAACCCUGGCAGCGCCGAAGAAGCUUCACUUGCUUUCAGUAACGCCUCGCCUCUAUAGAUUUAUGUUUUUAAGAUCCAAUACAAAAUCACCUUAGAGCUAUAUUCCGAAAAGUGUUUGGAAAGAACCGGGGACGGUGACUGUACAUUAUAAA